ACAAGGCUGCGGAAGGCCGGGCAGCGGUGGAACUCCAGGGCCUUCGGCUGUUUCUGGAGUGUCUGCGGGCUCUGGAUCUCCACCUCCAUGGGGCCGCAGGCCCGCACGUGAGCACGGACGACAUGGCCAUGGCCGAGGGCAGCGAGCUGAUGAACAGGCUCAUGAGUGAGAACGCGGACCUGAAGAAGCAGGUGCGCCUCCUGAAGGAGAACCAGAUGCUGAAGCGUCUGCUGAGCGAGGGCUGCCGGGAGCGCUGUGGCCUCGGGAGCCGGGACCUGCUCUUCCCCAAGGCGCCCGCCUACCCCGAGGACUGCUCCCCAGGGAGUGCAGGUGCAGACUUCGGAAGGUUCACCAGCGUCCCGGAUGCACCCUCCCAGCUGCAGACGCCCUCCCUGGAGGACCUGCUGUGCUCCCACGCCCCCAUCUCCAGUGAGGACGACGCCUCCCCUGGCUGUGCCACCUCCCCCCAGGAUCCGCUGCCAGACAAGACCCUGCUGGAGCCCAGGGAGGUGGUCCGGCCCAAGAAAGUGUGCUUCUCGGAGAGCAGCCUACCAUCUGGGGACAGGACCAGACGGAGCUACUACCUAAACGAGAUCCAGAGCUUCUCCGGCGCCGAGAGGGACGGGCGCGUCGUCGGCGAGAUCGCCUUCCAGCUGGACCGGCGCAUCCUGGCCUACGUCUUCCCGGGGGUGACCCGGCUGUACGGCUUCACUGUGUCCAACAUCCCGGAGAAGAUCAAGCAGACGUCCAUCAAGUCCCUGGACGGGUCGGUGGACGAGAAGAAGCUCCGCGAGCUGACGCACCGCUACCUGACGCUGACGGCGCGCCUGGGGCGGCUGGGCUACAACCGCGACGUGCACCCUGUGUUCAGCGAGCUCCUCAUCAACACCUACGGCAUCCUGAAGCAGCGGCCCGACCUGCGCGCCAACCCCCUGCACGGCAGCCCGGCCGCGCUGCGCAGGCUGCUCAUCGACGUGGUGCCGCCCAAGUUCCUGGGGCUGAUGCUGGAGCAGGGGUGUCCCAAAGCCUGCACAGCUGGGGAUCCACACCAUCUGGGCAUCUCCUCACCUGGACCCUGUGGCCGCCCUGCCCUGCAUGGCCGUGUGGGAGUCUGUGCCCCGGGGGCGGGGGCAGAUGGGGUACGGCCUGCCUUUGGCGCGUCCCUGCAGGGGACUAAGAGUGACCUGAGAGGCGGGGCCGAGUUGAACCUCAGGUUUGAGGCGUCUGUGCACUCCGGAGAGGCCACAGGCUAG